AUGUUCUUGCCUUGUGUGUGUGGUGGAGGAAGAAGAAAGGCAAGAAGAAGAAGAAGAAGGAUAUCGUGUUGCGAUGAACAAAAUUGGGAACCUAGGGAUCGUUGUUCAUCGCUCCAGAAAUCAACAAAAACGAUGGGACUCCAAACACAACCCUACGGUAUCCAGGGGAUGCUCAAAGAAGGGCACAAACAUCUUUCUGGAUUAGAUGAAGCUGUUGUUAAGAAUAUCGAUGCUUGUAAACAACUUUCUACCAUUACCAGAACUUCUCUUGGUCCCAAUGGUAUGAACAAAAUGGUGAUCAAUCAUCUGGACAAGCUAUUUGUGACAAGUGACACUGCAACUAUUGUAAAUGAGCUUGAGAUCCAGCAUCCUGCAGCAAAAAUAUUGGUUUUGGCAGGAAAAGCACAACAGGAGGAAAUUGGUGAUGGAGCCAAUCUGGUAGUUUCUUUUGCAGGGGAGCUUCUGCAGGGUGCAGAAGAUCUCAUUAGGAUGGGACUACAUCCCAGUGAAAUCAUUAUCGGAUACACAAAGGCAAUUAACAAAGUUGUCCAGAUCUUAGAGGAUAUGGUUGAGAAAGGUUCUGAGACGAUGGAUGUGAGGAACAAAGAUGAAGUUAUUCUAAGGAUGAAAGCUGCUGUUGCUAGCAAACAAUAUGGACAAGAAGAUAUUUUGUGUCCUCUUAUUGCAGAUGCAUGCAUACAAGUUUGCCCAAAGAACCCUGUGAAUUUCAAUGUUGACAAUGUGAGAGUUGCAAAACUUGUAGGGGGAGGUCUGCAUAACUGUACAACAGUUAGAGGAAUGGUCUUAAAGGGUGAUACUGUAGGGAGUAUAAAGAAAAUUGACAAGGCAAAGGUGGUUGUGAUAGCUGGUGGUGUUGAUACAACUGCAACCGAGACCAAAGGAACUGUCCUCAUUCACAGUGCUGAACAGCUUGAAAAUUAUGCAAAAACUGAAGAAGCAAAGGUUGAAGAGCUGAUCAAAGCAGUUGCAGACUCGGGAGCAAAGGUUAUAGUUAGUGGAGCAGCUGUAGGAGAGAUGGCUCUGCACUUCUGUGAGCGUUACAAGAUCAUGGUCUUAAAAAUCGGCUCUAAAUUUGAGCUUCGCCGCUUUUGUCGCACAACUGGUGCUGUUGCUCUUUUGAAGCUUGGUGCUGUGAACCCUGAUGACCUUGGAUAUGUUGACUCCAUUUCUGUAGAGGAAAUUGGUGGUGCUAGGGUGACUGUUGUAAGAAACGAACAAGGUGGGAAUUCUGUGACAACGGUUUUGCUGCGUGGAAGUACAGAUAGCAUAUUGGAUGAUCUGGAAAGGGCUGUUGAUGAUGGUGUAAAUACUUACAAGGCGUUAUGCAAGGACAGUAGAAUUGUGCCUGGAGCUGCAGCCACUGAAAUUGAAUUAGCAAGAAAACUGAAGGAGUUUUCUUUCUCGGAGACAGGAUUAGAUCAGUAUGCAAUUGGAAAAUUUGCAGAGAGCUUUGAAAUGAUACCAAAAACAUUAGCUGAGAAUGCUGGGCUUAAUGCUAUGGAGAUCAUAUCUACUUUAUAUGCGGAUCAUGCCAAUGGAAAUGUCAAAGUGGGUAUAGAUUUGGAGGAAGGAGCAUGUAAGGAUGUCUCCACAUUGAAGAUAUGGGAUCUCUUUGUCACCAAGUAUCAUGCGCUCAAGUAUGCUGCUGAUGCAGUUUGUACUGUUCUACGUGUUGAUCAGAUAAUAAUGUCGAAACCAGCUGGUGGGCCAGGCAGGAGAGAUCAACAGCCAAUGGAUGAGGAUUAAGAGUGAGAGAUGGGAUGUGUUUGAGACUUGAGAGACAUUUGGCUUAGAGAGUAAGUAGUAAUAUGGAUAUGAUAUGUAGUUUUUGUAUUAUUCACGAUUUGAGAUUUUGAAGGAGGUCUAGUCUGGUCUUUAAGACGUUUUAUGUUUAUAUCAUAUCCACAUGCGUGUUUUGUUUUGCCAAAUUAUAUAAGCAUCCAUCAGAAUACAAUGUUUGAGGUUGUGGU